AUGGCUGCUCCUGGCUGCGAAGCUCCUGCUGCAGACCACGAGGCGCUGCACCUCGCCCGCCCCGUUUUCGAAGUCCUCGACCACCCCGCCAUUCUCCGCUUUCGAAAAGACUACCAGCUGCACCGGCUGGGCUACGCGAAGGGGGCGAAGGGGGAAGUGGGUGCAGCGCUGCGCAAAGUCGCGGAGAAGCAGCAGCAGCAGCAGCAGGGAGGUGUGGGGCCCCACACUUCUUUGCUGCCAGAAGGCAUUUCGGGAAAUGAAGCAGCAAACUUGCUUUCUCCUUUUGCUGCUUAUGCAGCAGAUUCUCCCUUUGCCACAGAUGAGGCCCUUUUGGCUCAGAUCGCCAGGUGGCGAAUGGCUUACCAGAACUUCAGGACGGGAGCUGCACGCGGAGCCGCAGGUGCUCUGGAAGAGAUAUCAAAAGGCCUGAGCCUGAAGGCGCUGAAGCUGCUGCCGGUGGUGCAGCUAGCUGAAGUACUGCAGCGCGACAAGCAGCCAAAAGGGCCCCACAAGUUGCUGCCAACUCCCCACCUGCACUUCGGGGCCGGCAAGUUGGGCUGCGGCCUUGUGCUGCAGGCCAUGCUGCGCAGCAACGUCGAAGACCUCGUCGUGCUGCAGCGCCAGUCAGGUGCUGCUGCUGCUGCUGCUGCUGCUGCUGCUGCUGAUCGUGGUGGCUAUGAUUAUGAAUAA